UAUAUAAGAUGAGUCAAUCUGAAAUUUGCAUGUAUUUUCAAUAUUUCGCAAGACCACAACGCAUCUCCUGCUUUCUUAACUUGACCAUACGUUACCCCGGGAAGAUGAAGUCGUUUGUCCUGGUCACUCUGGCUGUGGUGGUUCUCUCGGCUGCAGGCGAGGAGCAGAAGGUGAUGCUGUGUGGCCGAGAACUGGCGCGGGCCAGGGUGCUUCUAUGCUUCGGCUCUGAAUACAUGUUUAAAAGAAGCGUGGAUCAACUGGAACCAUCGGACGACCAGGGCUGGCUAUGGGGCGGGCGGCGCGAUGCCCUGGGCGCGCGUUGGGGGCGCCACAAGCGAGGCCUCGUGGACGAGUGCUGCCUUAAGUCCUGCACCACGGAGGUGAUCCGGACCUACUGCUAGGCCCCCACCAGACACGAUUACACAUAUUAUAUCCAUU